AUGGAAAGACAAUUACUUAAUGAAAACUACGAUAAAGUUUUGGAACUCAAACGUAUCGAUGCAUGUCAAAUUAUCAAAGGAGCUUCAAGUCAACCAUUCAUUGACGUAUUUAUUGAUUUUAUUAAAACAUUUGAUGGAAAUAUGAUGGAAGCUUGUGAUCGAUCCGGAGAUUUCUAUAUGACCAAUAUCUCAGUUGCUGAAGAUAACUCCUUAAAUUUUUAUCCAGCAGGAAAUUACAGAUCAACUUUUAGAUUGUUUGAUAUUCAAGAUGAGAACAUCAUAAACGCAACUAUGAACUUAAAUGUCGUUCACAAAUAA